AUGAGCACAACUUUAGUUAUGUCUACUAUUUUAAUUGAAGCGUUUGUUGAUUUACCUGGACUUGUAAGUAGAUCAAAAGCUUGGAGAUUUAAGCUUGAGAAGACUUUCAUUCGAGAUCCACAUUCAGCUAUUUUUGAUUCUGAUUUAAUUCUUGUGGUUAUUGACGCCAGUCAUAAAGAAUCAAGUGAAGUACUGCAUGAAGAAGUUAUAAAAGCACUUCACUUUUUCAACGAUAAAGAGUCAAUUCUUGUAUUGAAUAAAAUUGAUAGGCUGUAUAAAAAUCCAACUAGAUUAUUGGAGAUUACCCGAAAACUAACUGGAGGCAUUGUACAUGGUCGUCAUUCACAUGUGGACAAGUAUGCUGCUCGAUUCAAGCGUCGAGCAGAAUUGGCAGAUAAAGCUCAUCAGUUUAUUCCACCGAAUGAAAUAAUCGCAUUCGAAAAUGUGCCAAGAAGUAUAAAUCAAGAAAGUCUUCAGUUACAGUCAGAUGAAUUCAUGAAAGAUCGCUUCUUAACAGAAGUAGAAAAAGAGAAUAUAAAUGAAUUCUUCAGUGAUUAUAAGCCAUUUGAAGGUAAUGAAUUGAUCUCCUUGGAUAGUCAACAAUUAGCUGAUGAAAAGCACCAACUCCUUCCAACUACAUCUGAACUCGAACUGAAUGAAAUUCUGGGCACAGAAAAUGAUCCAAAUUAUAUAGAUUCAAUGUUGGAAACAUUGAAACAACAGUUACUACUUCAAGUAGCAUCACCUGAAGAGGUGGCAAAUCGUCGACAAAGGUGGUUAGAAAUAACAAAAGCAACCAAAGGCAUAACAAAGUGGUCAGGAUUCAGUGAGGUUUUCAUGGUUUCCUCUUUCUUGGGAGAUGGGAUAGACAAACUAAGGGAUUUUCUUAUAUCCAAAGCCAUACCAAAUCGGUCUUGGAUUCUACCCCCAUCUAUGGUUACUGAUCAGGAGCCGGAUGAACUUAUACGAAUGUGUGUGUGGUCCCAGUGUCUCAAUAAAUUAAAACAAGAAAUCCCUUAUUCUCUGCAUAUUAUAGUAGACGAGUGUGAUAAAAUCAAGCUAGAUAAUGAGGAAGAUCGAGUCUAUGUUCAUGUACGUAUACGGUGUCAAAAUGAACGGCAGCUGUUAAGUGUUAUUGGUAUGAAAGGUGACACAAUAAAGGAGAUUUCAAGUGCGGUGAAACUUGAGCUCAUGACAAUGUUUCGAUGUAAUACAGUUGUGAAACUAACUGCUGAGUUAUCCAGAAUUGAUUCUCAGACUAAAAAGAAACUUAAACAGGCUAAAGACUUCUCUGAGGUUUUCCCAGGAUAUGACAAGGCAGAAUAA